CCAGUGGCCAGCCAAUAGGAAGGAGGGCCAUUUGGUCUGUGGGAGGAGCUCAGUCUCUCCCCUGUGCUCGAGAUUUCUUCUAACAGGUAGUUUAAAAACUAACCAGGUCAACAUCAAGACAGAAGCUAACCCAGCAGUUAUCCAGCGAGGAGCACGGGCUGGACGAGGACGUUUCUUUUACAGCAUUUUGUUUCUGGAUAAUGCCCGGACGCCUCUCUCCAGCAUGCUGAGCAGGAAGGGGUCUUGUGCGGGGAUGAUGAGUGCCGCAGCCGGAGUGGACCGCAGCAGGGUCGGGGAGAGGCUGCACGCUGCUCUGGCCGGGCUGCAGGAGCUGCAUCUGCUGAAGGAAAGACAGAGCGACAUGGUGACCUGGGCGCUGAGGAUGGACCGAGAGGAGCCCGUCACCUCUGUCCACGCAGGCCCGGAGGCUCCCAGGAUGAUGGGGGCUGAGGAGCAGCGGCUGGAGGCGACCCUGACAGCCCUGAAGCAACAGCUGUCUCGUCUUCGGAAACAGGAUGUAGGCCUGAAGUCUCACUUGCAGCAGCUGGACCAACAGAUCAGCGAGCUGAAGCUGGAUGUGAGCAAGGCCUCCACAGAGCAGCUGGAGAGUGACAGCAGGCCAAGUUCAGGUUUUUAUGAGCUCAGCGAUGGCGGCUCCUACUCCCUGUCUAACUCCUGCACCUCGGUGUACAGCGAAUGUCUGUCAUCGUCCCAGACAAGCCUUCUUCUCCUUCCCAUGAACCCUGCUAAUUCCCUCAUUAGCCCUCCCUCACAAGUUGAUGUGUGCCGCCGACGUUCGGCUGAUGAGAGCACUACCCAGCCCAACCCUCCGCGGGCCACAGGCCUCCAUUUGGGGAGCAGCAGGAUCCGAGCAAGCACUACAGGCACCGAACAGGCUCGACCAAGACCUGUAUCAACAGGUGAUCUUGAUAGGAUGAUGGCUCAAGGACCAAGCUACUACAGAUCCGUGGACGUGAAGAAACCCUCAAUGGGUCCACACCUGAAAACCUCCACAGUGGACCCCAAGUUUCAGAGCAACCUGGUGUCCCGCAGCGGCACUGAAGUGUACCACUACCCCAGCCCCCUCCAUGCUGUGGCUCUCCAGAGCCCAAUUUUUUCCACUGGAGGCAACCCAGCUACACCUGGACUUCUAGAGGGCCAAGGACCAGUGAAUGGUUCUGACACCCUUCAGAGGGCACAAAUGGCUUAUGACACCAAGACCCUGGGUUACAUUGACAAGCUCCUCCAGCGCAGCUUCAGCAGAAUCCAGAGUGAAACAGGCACAGAGACUCUGCAGACACACAGGGACUACCACAGGAAGCCCAGCGAAGUUGUAACUGUGUUUCCUGAAGUGUCUCAGCAAGAGGUGUGCAUGCUGCAGCCUCUUUCAGCUCAGACCACAAACAUCAUCCCACUAGAUAACGACCAGAGGAGACACUGCAUGACAUACUCCAGCCAAGAACCAGCUGAUAACACAAACCACAAACAGUCAGCGAGAACUCAGGAGGUUUCAUACCGGUACUCCUAUCCUGUUGCCAUGAGGGAGUACAGCUCCGAUGACGUCACCACCUCGUCCCUCAAGAGGAACGAUAGGUCCCAAGGAGAAUAUGAAAGUCUAGCAAGAAGCCACUCAGAGAAGAGAUGUGGGGAUGAUCCAGAAUCAAGAACACAAGAGAGGAAGGGCCAUAGACAAAGACCGGUGAUGGCCCAAAGCUCCAGCACAGAAGAGAGUCAAGCCUACGAGGUUCAGGCUGGUCACGGAGCUUCCCCUGAGUUCGUCCACGCCAAAUUUGUCCCAGCCGGAUCUCAGAGGGUCAAGGUGAGGCAGGCAGACCGUAAAACCAAAGCCGUGAAACUGAGAAGAAAAAGCAGUGAUAAGCCUCGGGCAAUGAGGCAGCAACAUGGAUACUCCUCUGGUGAAAGGAGCAGAGAGGUCAGUGGUGGAACCAAGGGGGAGCAGAGAAGGUCUGGAAAGGGAAAAGUGACCCAGAAAUUUACCACCUGUCACACAGAGGAGCGCAGACAGGGCUCGGGUUCAGACUCCAGCCACUGUAGUCCAGGAGUGAUGUACACCCACAAGGUUCACCCAAAGCCGCAUCCCAUCCCUGCUGUUACAAAGUCCAGCAAAGGCCGCAGACCGCAGGGCGUGGAGUAUGAGCAGCCUGUAGAACAGAGGAAGAGGAGGCAGGGGGCUGCCAAGGGGCCGUCCAAUGCAGAGAUGUUCCAGGCCUCAUGUGCUCAGCGUCAGAGGUCAAAAGAGCCCCGUGCUCAGGCACCAGGGAGCAUGCAGAUGGUCCGCAGCAUGAGCGCCAAGACAGGGCAGUGGAUCGGACGUCCUCGUCCCUUCCAAUCCUCCGUGUCCUCCAACUCUUUCUUCCACAGUCUUAAUGCCAGAUACCCUCCAGCACCUUUCCACAGCCACUACCCACCCAGAUGCGAGUCUGAGUAUUCAGCUGAAUGCGCCUCCCUGUUUCACUCCACCAUCGCUGAAAGCAGCGAGGGGGAGAUGAGUGAUAACACCACCAACCGCUUCGGGGACAGCGAGUCCAGCCAGAGCUUCCAGUCCUUCUCGGACUCCGACAGCAGCCUGUCCCUGGACGAGGAGGACCAGGUGGACAGCCACGAGGAGGAGGGAGGCCUGGUGUGGGCUGAGGCUGCUCUGGGGCCCACUGCUGCUGGAAGGCCCCUCCAGCAGCUCCCACGCCCCGAGCCACCAGCCUGCCGGAUCAAAGCUUCCCGAGCACUGAAGAAGAAGAUUCGACGGUUCCAGCCUGCCUCCCUGAAGGUUAUGACCCUGGUAUAGUGACAUUCUCCCAGGCUGAAAAGAAAACUGUUUGGAAAAACUGUUCAAUCACACCUGGUCUUUUAGCACAGCACCCCUAAUCAUCACUAAGAAGCAGCCAUUAAACUGGACUGCAUUUGUGCACUGAUUGUUUUUUUGAAACUAAAAAGAAAUAAUAAAGUUAAGAAUUUGCAAUGGUUGAACCUCAGUGGUCUACAAAAUGAUGCAUUGUAUAAAAGCAUGUAUAACACAAUGAUUACACUUACUCUUACUUUGUAAAUAUUUAUGUUGUAAUGAAAGCUUCUCAUGGCAUACGGUUGCAUUUGACAGUUUCAUUGACAUUUCUGUUAUAUAAUUGUUUGUAUCUCAGAAAUAAAAUCAAUCUUUUCACAUUA